CGCAUACACACAGGUCAGCUGGUCACAUGACCUUCAUCAGCAGCAUCCUGGAGCUGAAUGUUAGCCAGCAGUAAGAACAAGAAUAACAACAUUGGAGAGAAGCCAUUCUCGUGUCCUGAAUGUGGGAAGUGUUUUCGGAGACGCUUCGACCUGAAGAAGCACCUGCUGUCCCACAGUAACAUUCGUCCUCAUCCCUGCACCUUCUGCUCCAAGAGCUACACCCGACAGACUCACCUGAAAAGACACCUGCUGACCCACAGAACUGCUGACAGGGAGGUGGAGGAGGAGGCGGAGCCUGUGGAGGAGGAGGCGGAGCCAGUGGAGGAGGCCUGACCUCCUAAGGGGCAGCUGUUCUGAUCUCUGACUGAUUUUCUACUUAAAUGCCUGUUCAUACAGUGUGAACAAAUGAAUGUUUAUGAAGGAGAAUUAUUUCCAGACCUGAUGCAGAGCAGAUAAAGGAUAUAUUUUAAAUAUCAUGUAAAUAUGUUUUUAUUAGAUUAACUUCUCUUCAGCUGAGAUGAUGAACAGAUUUAUUGGAUCUCUUUGUAGAACUUCCGAUGUCUUUGAACAGAACCUCUGAAUAAAAUCGCUGGACGUCCGUUUGGAUUAAA